AUAAUAAUUUGUAUACUUUCGUAUAAAUAGCCACUCUUCAAUGUUUCAGUAAAGUUAGUUUGUAAAGAAAAAUUUCGAAGAUGAGUCGUCAUCAGUGUUUCUUGUUGCUUUCAGUUUUACUGAUAAUUCUCUGUGCACUCGGCGCCAGCACAGCGAGCGAUUCGUGUAAUGAUGUCUUCGAUACAGGGUAUUUACCGGCGAGUUGCAAUGAAGCAGUUCAUUUGGCAGGGAAGAAAGCUAAAAGCGGUAUAUAUAAAAUACAAUUACCUCCACCAUACAGCGUUGGUAAAGGGUUCUAUGUUCACUGUUUAUUGGAUCCAUCGGGUGGAGAAGCCUGGACACUAAUACAACUACGACAAGACGAAUACAUGAACUUUUAUCGUGGCUGGAAGGAGUACAAGAACGGCUUCGGCAACUUGAAUAGAAAUUUCUUCAUCGGUCUCGAUAAAUUGCAUGCACUAACUGCCUCACAAUUGCACGAAUUAUGGAUCGAGUUGAGGGAUUUCGAGGGUAGUACAAAGUAUGCCAAGUACGACAGUUUUGCCAUUGCUGACGAAAGCGAAAAAUAUGCAUUGCAUAUUUUAGGCGCAUAUUCGGGCACAGCAGGUGAUUCCAUGUUGGAAACACAAGAUGGUGCCAAAUUCUCCACAUACGAUCAUGAUAAUGCCGAACGAAUUAAUGGUGUCAAUUGCGGAGAAACAUAUAAAGGCGGUUGGUGGUAUGGCAAAUAUGAAUGCUACCACAGCAACUUAAAUGGACAAUAUGGUGUUGGUAUAAAGUGGGAGUCUUGGCGUGGAAAACGCUAUUCGCUGAAAUACGUUCACAUGGCAAUUAGACCAAAAGAACUACUCAUCAAGAACAGAUCAGCAAAUUAGUGUUAGAUUAGAAAGAUAGAGUUACCGACAGAUAGUAGAUCUAAACCUCCUGAAAUUUUAACGGUUGUGCUUAUUUUGUUAUUACUGUCUACCUAGAGUCAACGUUGCCCAUAGAUGUCACUUUAAAAAACAUUAUUCAGAAGAUUUGUUUGUGCCGCCAUUUUAUAUCAAUAAUAAAAAGCUUUUUAUACCCAA